GCUGUCUCCUCCCAGGUAGAUAAGAAAAAUAAAACAGUGGGAGCGUCAUCUCCUGCACCUUUCGAACCCGUUACAGCACUUCGUAGCACGCGCUUCCAGGACGUUUCGAGUCGCCUCACGACUGGACCCACCUGCAGUUCAAAAAUGUCAAAUGCUUACGUGAGACCGUACUCUGCUAAGACAGAAACAAAGAGCGGCAGCUCGAGUCAGGUCUUCGACGAAAGCCGGAGGAAGACGGCUCUGCUGAAGGACAACAGCUGGAUCAGAAAGGCCCCGACGGAAGAAGACUCCGACAACCGGGAAACCAACUUCGGCAAGGUUGUUCUGGGUCGAUUCAAAUCCCAGGAAAAUCUUGACAGGCCUCCAGAAACGACGAAAGCCGGUACGGAUGGCCAAGGAUCCUACGUUCAGUCCCUGACCAGAAGGUUUAGUACAAAUCAGGAUGAACCUGCCAAGAGCAGCGGUGGUUCCCCAAGCGCCGACAAGACAACCGUCUCUACCAGAAGGCCAGCUUUCAUGACGGAAACAGAUGUACCCAAAACAACUAUCAGCACUAAAACAACAUCCAGUGGCAACACCACAGAAACAACUGUCAUUACAACCAGAACUUCUGGAUUAAAAAGCCCCCUCAAGUCUGAGACUGUGACUGACUGGAGCUCAGGCGUCACCACACCAGCAAAAGGUUCCACAGCGUUCAGCUCUAAAACAACUAAGACUGAAGUAACCUCUGUGACCCCCACAAAGGAAACCACUGACCAGACCACCAUUGUGUCUAGCACUAAGACGAUAAAAACAGAAGUUGCCUCGGUGACACCACCUAAGGAUACAGGUGACAGAACCACUGUUGUAUCGAGCACCAGAACAGUGAGAACUGAAGGAACCCCACUGAGUCCCACUAAGAAGAGUCCUGAAGACAGGACCACUCUUGUGACCACCACUAAAACAAAAACUGAAGUGAGCCCAUCGACCCCCUCGAAGGACUCAGCUGACUGGACUAAAGUGGUGAGCAGUAAAACAGCCAAAACCGCAGUGUCCCCAGUGACACCUUCUGACAGCACCACUGUUGUGUACAGCACUAAAACGACCAAAAAUGAAGAGUUCCCAGGGACACCUUCUGACAGAACAACCAUUGUAUCCACCACUAAAACAAUCAAAACUGAAAAAUCUCCAGUGGCACCUUCUGACAGGACCGCUUUUGAGUACAGCACUAAAACGACCAAAAAUGAAGAGUUCCCAGGGACACCUUCUGACAGAACAACCAUUGUAUCCACCACUAAAACAAUCAAAACUGAAAAAUCUCCAGUGGCACCUUCUGACAGGACCGCUUUUGAGUACAGCUUUAAAACAAGCAAAACUGAUAUGACCCCCAUGUCUCCCACUAAAGAGUUCAUGGAUAGGGAAUACAGCAGGACUAUUUCCACAGAGUACAGUCCCAGGUCUAGUGUGACGACCAGAAGCUACAGCACGUACAGCAGCGGCGACUAUACUCCCUCCACCAGGAUGACUUCAACGACCUACAGCACCACAAGCACUGACCCCAGUUACGAUCGCAGCAGGACUUUGUCCAGCCCAUCUGUGUACAGCAAAACGUCCUACACGUCAAACAGACCAGAGGACUAUCUGUCCGACAGCAUUGUCUCUACAUCCACUAAGACUCUGUACUCAACCCUGGACAGGAGCGUAACGGAGAAGGACAUGUGCAGCUACUGCCGCAAACCCAUGAACAUCGAGCCCAAAGUGAUCCUGGAUGACAUACAGAUAAACUGCCAUGCCUCCUGCUUCAAGUGUGAUGUGUGCAACGGGCCUCUGGGACACCUGAAGGCCGGAGACACCAUGUGGGUGUAUCGGGGCAACGUGCACUGCGAGAGGUGCUUCGGCAUCGCCAGAGAAAAAUGGCGUCUCUAAGGUUACAAUCCCCAAUGGAAAUGGAGACCGGAUACUGAAGUUAUCUUAUAAGAAUAUUCAUGAAAAUGUAAAGUUAUGAUUGUAGGGACCAGUUUAUAUAUAUUUACAUUUAUUCAUUUAGC